GGGGGCAAGGGGGCGAGUCCACUGUGGGCAGGGGGCCACGGGGCCUGAAAAGGCAGGGGCGGGGCGCCACCCAACCGCUGCCGCGGGAGCGCCGCCACCGAACGCGCCCCGCCGGCCUCCCUUCCUCCCUCGCGGCCCGUCCCGCCCCGUCCGCCCCGGCGCGCCCCAGGCGUCGCGACGCUCGGGCCGAGAAUCCAGCCCUUCCUAUCUCCUCGCGGCGCUCACUCCUCAAAUAGGCCGCGCGGGAUCACGGUCCGCGCGAGCGGAGCCCCGGGCAGCAGCGUCGACGGAGGUUCGUCGGUCGGGUUGACUUGGGGGCGCGGAUGGGCGGGACCAGCGCGAGAGGCCGGCGGAGGUGGGCGCGGCGGUCCUGCCGGACGGGAGGAGGAGCCGGUGGGGUUGUCAGGCGGACGGUCGCGGCGCCGGCGACCACUGCUCCGCGGGUAACCGAAGGGUUUGCUCAUGUGGACAAGCAACGACGUGUUCAUGGAGUAUUAUCUGAUUUCAGAUGCAACAGUGGAUCAACAGAUCAUCUUUCUUUGGAUAUCAAGGAUUUCAAGCAUAAGAGCUCCCACAGAUCGUCUGUUAGAUGUCUUCCUAGUGCACAGAGAAAUGAAACAGAAAUCAGUCACAUGCAACCUGUCGCAAGGGGAGCUCAAGUAGAUAAGACCUUCAAUGAUAAAGGAUUGUGUCAUGCUAGCAGAACUGUCUCAGGAAUGCCCAUUCGACCUCAAUAUUAUCUCAGCAGUCCCAACAACAAUUUCAAGAAUCCUCCGACUGUAAAGAGUUGUAGUGAGAUGAGUGAUUUCAGUUAUCAACUGGUAAGAUGUGCUAAACGGUCAGCUUCACCAAAGAUGGGUUUAACCAGCACAAACUGCUCCCUUUCUGAGAAAAUGUCUCUGCUACGUCAACCACGGCAUGGUGAUAAUCAUCAGAACCAAAACCGUAUCAGUGCUUUGAAUCGAAGACACAAAAUCGUGAAUCCUAGGGGAGCAACUGACCUGCUAAAUAAAGAUAAGGUUCAUGAACAACUUAAUUCCUCAUUGGAAAGACAUUCACAGGCUCUGUUAAAUAAUGCAUUGAUUCGAGAAAAGCAACUGUGCUGUUCAGAUAUGGUCAAUCAAAAAGCACCCGAACAGCUGUGGAGCUCCACUUACAGUGAAUCUGAGAAGAUAUUAUGCUUUUCCUCCAGUGACAGCAAUGAUGAUCUGCAAGUAUCGUCUUCAAGUGACACUAGUGAUAGCUCCAACUUAUCAUCUCUGGGUGUAAUAGCUAGUGAUCAAUGGAAUAUGACCUUCAAGAAGGGAUACUACCCUCAUGCUGCAUGCCUAGACUCUACAUCUGUCAUCUACGCUAAAGAGAUAGGUCAGGAUAGCCCAAUAUCUGUUCUUCAACCUCUAUCUGAAGAUUGCUCUGAUACUGAAAACAUCAGGCGAGAGCCUGCAGAUCCAUACGAUCUCCAACUGAGACUUGAACUUGGCACAUUUGCACCAACAGAGACUGCUGCAGAGGUAAGUAGCAUUGGCAGAACUAGUGACUGUUUAUCCUCUGAAGUGGAGCUGAGUGAUGAGAAACCCAUACAGCUGGUUGAAGAUAUUCUUGAAGGAUUUGAAGAUGAUGAGGAAAGGGAAUUCUCUUACUUGCUGGAUAUGCUGAUUGCUUCUGGAAUUCAUGGAACUUCCGAGGAUCAAAUGUACAAGGUGUGUCAGUCUCUCGACUACCCUGCUGGUGAUGAUGUAUUUGAGAAGCUGGAAAAGAAGUACAUCAAGGUUGUACAAUGGUCAAGAUCAGAUAGGAAGCUUUUAUUCGAUAUGGUCAACACAAUACUAUCACAAAUCCUUGCUCCAUGCUUGAACAUGCAACCUUGGGUCAAUACCACUAGGAACUUGGCUCCACUUUGGGGAUCAGAGGGUCUAUUGGAGAAACUCUUGAAGGUGCUAGUUCAGAGACGGGAACAACUUGCACCCAGUGACACUAAGCCAGAGAAGAAAGGAUUUGAUAUGAAGUGGCCAGAUAUAGCAGACUGUAUCGACAGGGCAGGAAGGGACAUUGAGAGAAUGAUAAAAGAUGAUCUAUUGGAAGAGCUGGUCCUUGAGCUACUGUUCAGUUAGGUUUCCACGGCCGGAGUAGGUUUUAUUAUAGCAGUACAGAUACCUUGUUUUUUCUAUAUCUAGUUUUUUUAGUCAGUUGUAAUUGUUCCUUUGGUCCCUACCUUCAAUCAGUGUUAUUUUUUUUCUCUCUUUGUUAUUAAAGCAGUGGUUGACAGGUUUUUUUUGGUCUAGUCCUUGUGCUUCUGGUGGUAUUAGAGACGUGAGUUCUAUUGGAUUAGGAGAUCUCUGUAGGAAAAUUCUUUUUACCUCGAAAAUCAAGUACUCUUGGAAGUGAGGUUUGUAAGAACAGAAGUCUUUUCUGUCAAGUUUUGUCGGCUGUGAGAGUUUCAAGUCUGUAAACGAGGGCAAAUUAUAGUCCACAGACAUUUGUAUUGUAUUGUUCUUGAAAGGAAGAAUAAGCGGCAUGUCCUUUUUGGUCUGUU